GCGGUAUGAACAGGCUGAGUGUCAUUAGAGGAGUGCGAAAGGAACACUGUCGUUCCGAACACGCGGGAAAAGAGUAGAGGCUGUUGUUCCAGAGACCAGCAUGUGUGCACAUUCGAGGCUGCGUGUUCUCUCCCCGACGGGACAACCAGUGGCUGCCGCUACAGUGAGUGAAAAGUUCAGCCGGAGAGCUGCUGCUUUCGGCUCGCUAGCCGGUGCUCGCCGAGCGACCAUGACAAGGAGCAACGCUAGCCGGACACCGGGCCUCUGAGCUGGACCGAGUGGUGCUCAUUUCCAGAUCUGCAGUCGAGGCGGCCGCUAAUCAAUGGGCUCACAGAGAAUUCUCCAGAUGGUACAGCUCCUCUGGAUUUACAUGACGUGAUGAAGAGAAUUUGUGCAGUGCUCCAGAACCGAUAAUAGAAUUCGAACAGUAUGGCAAAAUCCGCCGCCUUCAUGAAAUUGUUCAGUGCGCUGCUCUACGGAGCGGUGUCGUUCCUGAUAAUGGUGGUCAACAAGAUAGUACUCACAUCGUAUUCGUUUCCGAGUCCCAUGUUCCUCGGGCUCGGUCAGAUGACAACGGCCAUCAUCGUGCUCUUGAUAUUGAGAGAACUCAAAGUUGUGGAUUUUCCCGCUCCAUCGACGCGAGUGCUUAGGAAGGUUUUCCCGUUGCCUGUAUUCUACGUGGGCAAUCUAGUCUCGGGGUUCAUUGGAACCAAACGCUUAAGUCUACCAAUGUUCACUGUUCUGCGACGUUUCUCAAUUCUAAUGACUCUGUUCGGAGAGUACUACAUCCUCAAAUCCGUCGCUCCACCUGCCAUUGUGAUGUCGGUCAUCGCGAUGGUCAUGGGAGCGAUCAUUGCCGCUUUGGAGGAUAUGGCGUUCGACCUCGAAGGGUACACAUCAGUUUUGCUCAACGACUUCUUCACCGCAGCCAAUGGAGUGUACACAAAGAAAAAGCUGGAUGCGAAGGAUUUGGGGAAAUACGGUCUUCUUUUCUACAACGCUCUCGUUAUGAUUGUGCCCUUGUUCGUGAUAGCCACGUGGACCGGUGAUUUGAGGGAUAGUUUUGGCUUCGAAAAGUGGGAGGAUCCAAUUUUCGUCACAUAUUUCCUAUCGUCGUGUUUUAUGGGAUUCGCUCUGAUGUACAGCACUCUCUUAUGCACUGCCCAUAAUUCAGCUCUCACGACGACAAUCGUUGGAUGUCUGAAGAACAUCAUGGUUACCUAUGUUGGAAUGCACAUAGGAGGCGAUUACAUCUUCACUUGGACAAACUUCCUUGGUUUGAAUAUCUCAAUGGCGGGAAGUUUGGCGUACUCGUACUUUACCUUCGUACGACGAGCCGAAAGUAAAGCCCGAACACCAGACAAGCAGCCCGUCGUAGAUUCCGCGGAGCUAAAGAUUCUCACGGUAUCCGACACAGCACCGCUCUCACUCAACAUCGCAAGCUGAGAGCCUGCGCAAUACCGGACAAGUCUUGUUGA